GUUUGCAUAUUUCAGGUUUAUCUGUGCAUUACAGAUGUCAAAAUCUAGCAGAGCUAACGAGUGUACGGUCACGCUUUACUCUAUUUAACAGGCAUAUUACACAAACAGCAUAACAUCAUGUCGGAUCGACCCACCAUCGACCUUCCCAUUGUGGACAUGUCCAAAGCCAAAACGGACCGAGCUGGUCUUGCUAAAAUUGUAGUGGACGCCCUGGAAAACAUUGGCUUUCUUUUCAUUGACAAUGUCCAAGGACUAGAUUUUGACAGAUUGUUCCAAGCCUGCAAGUGGUUCUUCUCUCUACCCGAAGAGAAAAAGAGGAAAUUGUGCCGGAAAAACUGGGUCCCCGAGAACAAGAAUAUUUACCGAGGAUACUUUCCUGUCGUGGAGGGAGAACCGAGUCGUAAAGAGGGGUUUGAAUUUGGUCGUGCUGUUGAUCCUAACGAUGUUCAGGUGAGUGCGGACAAUUGGUACUAUGAGAGCUGUCCAUGGCCGGAAGAAGACGGGACAUUUCCUUUUAAGGAAUACAUGACCUCUAUGUACGAGGUCAUGCAUGAACUGGCUAUGGAGAUUUUACGCUUGACUGCAAUCGGUCUAAAUUUACCAAUUGAUGCCUUUACGUAUCUGUUUGAAGACAAACCCUGUACCACGUACAGAAUUCUACAUUAUCCCCCAUGGAACGGCCCGCCCCCUAGCAACGCUCGCAUCGAGGACGGUAAAAUCCUAACAACGCCAGAUCAUUCCGACUCGAAUUUCCUCACUCUGCUGGCAACAUUCAAUUACAAAGGCCUCGAAAUCGUGAACUCUGAAGGAAAUUGGGUCGCGGUGGAACCGAGACCAAAAAGCCUCGUUAUGAACAUUGGUGACCUUUUUGACCGAAUGACCGGAGGAAACAAAUUUCGCGCCACGCGUCAUCGUGUCCUUGACAUUGGGGUUGACCGGUAUUCUGUUCCGUUCUUUCUGGAACCGUCCUACUUCAGUGAUGUUGGGGUCAAUCUAAUAAAAAAGUACACAGGUGAAGAAACGCACGAACCGGAAAAAUAUGGCUGCUACAUGAUUCGAGUCGCCAAGUACGAGCGGAAAUACUUCGAAUACAAGGUACUUCCGGACUUCGAAAAGGUCGGCGAGCGACUCGGCCUGGUGGAUCCUGUGGGCUCCUAAAUUGAAAGUGAAACUUCAUAACAACUUCAAAUAUGGUGAUGAAAAAAAAAUUAUACCUCAUGACGAUAUAUUGGAUGAAAAGAUCAUUCAUUUAUGUUAAAUUGCUAAAAGGUCAUUAAAAGGGAAAUUCAAGAAUUUAACGUUAAUACAAAGUGGCGAAUAAUACUACAAGUCUUAUUUAUAUUUAGUCUACUUUAUUCGUGGGUAAUAUGAAAAGUUACUUUUUAUGAAAAAUGAUUUUUUUAAGUUGUGAUUUUUAUUUGUUUGUUGUACAAACUCGUUAAGUAUGCUGUGCAUUGUUUUGUUAGAAUUUUAUACAAACUUGUAUCAAACAAAAAACAUGAUACUUUAAUACAAACAUUUUCCACAUGUAUAUGUAAAUCAUCUUAAUGGACCACUUACAACUCAUUUAA